AUGGAUUGGAAUCGUGAGAGAAAAACUUCUGAACAGGACGACUUGUGCGUUAAGAGUGCAUCAGGACAAGGUAAUUAUUUCCUCGAAAUGUCUACUUUUUAA